UACGUGCUCAACGCCGAUUUCCUAUCGCGUGCAUCUCCGGAUCGUAGUGGAACAAGUAGCGUUGAUGGCAACACUGACGUCGGGAUUAAGUCAUCUCUGGAUUUACCUUCAACGGAUAUGCUGUUGAGCACCUCUACAGAAUAUUUAACCUGCCUCUGGCAGUGCCUUCGAGGGUUUGGCACCCUCUCCUAUCGUCCGCCUUCCAUUGGCCCACACACCUCCCCUCUGGAAGCGCGUUGUAUUUCUCUAACUCUAAGCAGUUUUUUAGAAGACUUUAGUAGAAGCCUUCUAGCUGCCGCCUCCUCCUCUCCUUCCUUCUCCACCGUUCUGGGAGGUCUUGUAAACAAAACAGUGGCAGAAGUGGCACGCACAGAUCAGGCCUACAUUCGUCUGGCUACUGCAGUGCUUCGCGCAGCUGUGGUGACUUUAUGCGGCAUCCAGAGGGGAGCUGAGGUGGCUCGAGAGUGGGUGCUUCUGGCACUCCCUUCCAUUCUUCAUCGCACGCCAUCGCGAGUUCUUCGUUGUCAUGGCUACUGGGUAGCGGCCGUAUGCACAUUGUGGGUGGAAGGUGGUGCGGACUUGAGUUGUGAGGCGGUACACUCCAUAUUAGCAAUAAGCCUAGCCAAUCUUCCUUCACCUGAAUGGUUCCAGUGGGAGGAGGGGAAUGAAGAAAAGCGCUGUCUGGAUCUGCUUCGCGCUGCGUCUUUCCUCCUUCCGCCAUCCUCGUCAUCAAGCACUGAAGAUGAUGGCUUUAGAGAUCGUUUCCUUGAGGUCCUCCGCAUCGCUGCAACUGGUACUGCUGCAGACGGUCUGGCAGGUAUCUGCAAGGCGAUGGAGGAGAUGUAA